AUGGGAGCACCAGGCCGGGCCGGGUCCCCAGAUCUCCUCACUGGCCCAGCCAGGAGUCGGCAGCCUCCCGCGCCUCCGCCCUGCUCCCGCGGAGUGUCACGGCGCCGGUCCGCGGGGACGUCCCACUCUAACACCAGCCUCCGCUUCCCGCGCAGGCGCAGCCCGUGUUCUCCAGCCCCGCAGCCGACAGCUUCUCACAGCGCUCGGCGCAUCUUGUCAGAGAUGCCGGUGCUGGUCGGCAGACGCCGUGGACUAGCGAAGGGAAGCACGGAAAUGAAGAACUCUGAAGAAGAUCAAGUUCUUUAUCCACCUCUUCUACCUAGCAAAGUAGAUCUCCAGCAGGUCACCAUAAUUCCACACAAUGAGUGGAAAAGGAUUCGAGAUACCCUUGAUGGUAUGACAAGAAAAGCAGCAUACCUUCGUGCAGAAAGAAAGGCAAAGAAAGAAAUGCAUCUUCGAUCCCAAGAAGUGGUAAAACAUUGGACUAAUACAUAUGCAGGGAUGAGACAACAGAAACUUAAAGCCAAAAAGAAGCGUGAUGAAGAAAUAGAGAAAGAAAGACAAAUUCUUGAUGUGGAAGAAGCAAUAUAUAAACAAGGAGAACGAAAAAAGGCCAUUGAACAUGCGAAACAAUAUCAAUUUUACCAGACAGAAAGAGUGAAAAAUUUUCAUUCAGGACUUCUUCUUAGUAGAGUGAUGAAAGAACGUGAUGCACAGAUUGAAUACCAAAAGAGUAGAAUAAAAUCAGAUAAGAAAUGGGAGGAACACUUGAAACUCAACAUUGAAAAAGCUCUUAAGGAAGAACAAGAAAAAGCAGAAAAACGACGGAGUGAUAGAAUAGCUCUUGCCAAUGAUCAUUUAAAACAAAUAAAGGAACAUGAAGAGGAAGAAGAAAGAAGGAGAAAAUGUGAAGAAAAGGAUGCUGAGGAAAUAAAGAAACAGACUUCAUUAUAUGAAAUAGAAAUGAGAAAAACACUAGAAAAGAAAAAAGAAGAGAUAAAUGAAAGCAGGAGGCUGUUUUAUGAACAUAUGAAUGAUAAAAAUAUCAUCAAAGCUGUAGAACAGCAGCAGCAAGAGGAGGAAGAUGAAAAGAUUAGGACAUUUAUCAAAGCAAAAAAACGUCUUACACAAAUGAGGAAAGAAAAAGAAGCUGAAACACACAGGCUAAUGGAGCUACGUAGAGAAAGAAUAAACAACUUCCUGAGUGAACUAAUGAAACAGAAAUCUGACAAUGAAGAUUUGAUUAUUGCUAGAGAUAUUGCAGAAGCUGAGGCUUUAUGGGAAAAAAGAGAAAAAGAGAAAUAUGAAAAAAACAAAGCAGAAUUAAAAGCAAUUGAAGAAUAUAGAGGCAUUGUGAUGAAAAAUAAAGAGGAAGAAGAAAGACAAAGAAAAAUAGAGGCUAAAGAACAUUUGGUGGCUGUCAUAAAAGCAGAUCAGAUUUUCUGGGAGCAUGAAAAGGAGAAAAAACGCAAAACUGAUCAAAAACGUCGUGAAGUUCAAGAUGCCCAUAUUAAGCAAAUCGCCAAAAAUAAGUUUCAUGCAAAGCAAGCAAAACAAGCACAACUAGACUACUGCAGACGUACUGAAGAUCUUGUGGCUGAAAAGGAGAAAGAAUUCCAGGAUUACGCCAGAGAAGUAAUUGAACUUGAGUCUGAAUCAACAAAGAAACAUAUUUACCCUCUUGUAAAAUCUGUAAAGGGAGGACCUGGAAGUGGCCGUGGCCCAGCUUUGACGAACAGAGGUGGAUUGAGACCUAGCUACCAGGCAAAUGAUUUCUCUGGAGUCCAACUCCCUUCUUACAACUCUCAGGGAUCAAAAUGCAAUAAUUUUCAAAAGUCUAAGGGAAGGCUAGGUUUUACAUGGUAGAAAAAAGUUUAUUUUUAAGAUUGAGAAACUAAUUGUAGCUAAUAUUAUAAGAUAAACAUCCUUAUAGUUUAAAAAAACUGCUCUUCAUCUAAGUAC